AUGUUGUUACCUUUAGUCAAAAUAAUAAAUGAAAUUAAACUUGAAUUAUUUUUGUUGUUGAUUAAAAUUUCAUCAUCAUCAUCAUCAUCAUCAUCAUCAUCAUCAUCAUCAUCAUCAUCAUCAUCAUCAUCAUCAUCAUCAUCAUCAUCAUCAUCAUCAUCAUCAUCAUCAUCAUCAUCAUCAUCAUCAUCAUCAUCAUCAUCAUCAUCAUCAUCAUCAUCAUCAUCAUCAUCAUCAUCAUCAUCAUCAUCAUCAUCAUCAUCAUCAUCAUCAUCAUCAUCAUCAUCAUCAUCAUCAUCAUCAUCAUCAUCAUCAUCAUCAUCAUCAUCAUCAUCAUCAUCAUCAUCAUCAUCAUCAUCAUCAUCAUCAUCAUCAUCAUCAUCAUCAUCAUCAUCAUCAUCAUCAUCAUCAUCAUCAUCAUCAUCAUCAUCAUCAUCAUCAUCAUCAUCAUCAUCAUCAUCAUCAUCAUCAUCAUCAUCAUCAUCAUCAUCAUCAUCAUCAUCAUCAUCAUCAUCAUCAUCAUCAUCAUCAUCAUCAUCAUCAUCAUCAUCAUCAUCAUCAUCAUCAUCAUCAUCAUCAUCAUCAUCAUCAUCAUCAUCAUCAUCAUCAUCAUCAUCAUCAUCAUCAUCAUCAUCAUCAUCAUCAUCAUCAUCAUCAUCAUCAUCAUCAUCAUCAUCAUCAUCAUCAUCAUCAUCAUCAUCAUCAUCAUCAUCAUCAUCAUCAUCAUCAUCAUCAUCAUCAUCAUCAUCAUCAUCAUCAUCAUCAUCAUCAUCAUCAUCAUCAUCAUCAUCAUCAUCAUCAUCAUCAUCAUCAUCAUCAUCAUCAUCAUCAUCAUCAUCAUCAUCAUCAUCAUCAUCAUCAUCAUCAUCAUCAUCAUCAUCAUCAUCAUCAUCAUCAUCAUCAUCAUCAUCAUCAUCAUCAUCAUCAUCAUCAUCAUCAUCAUCAUCAUCAUCAUCAUCAUCAUCAUCAUCAUCAUCAUCAUCAUCAUCAUCAUCAUCAUCAUCAUCAUCAUCAUCAUCAUCAUCAUCAUCAUCAUCAUCAUCAUCAUCAUCAUCAUCAUCAUCAUCAUCAUCAUCAUCAUCAUCAUCAUCAUCAUCAUCAUCAUCAUCAUCAUCAUCAUCAUAUUAA